GGCGCGAGGCAGGGGGCGGGGCCCGCGCGCCUAUAAAAGCGGCGGGCGGCCGCGAGCGGCCGUUAGCGACCGUUGGCAGCCGUUGGCAGCACUCGCGCGGCCGCUGCCCGCCCCUCAGCGCCCGGCCGCUCCCUCAGGUCCGUGGUGAGGUGACAGCUGUUGACCUAUGGCCAUGGCAUUCCCCAGGAUUUGGUAUUCUGUAGCCGUUGGAUUUCUGCUGCCUUUUUCUUAUGCCCAUACGGACUUCUUCACUUCCAUUGGUCAUAUGACAGACUUAAUUAAUACAGAAAAAGAUCUGGUGGUGUCACUAAAAGACUACAUCAAGGCAGAAGAAAGCAAGCUGGAACAGAUCAAAAAAUGGGCAGAGAAAUUAGAUCAGCUGACAGCCACUGCUACAAAAGACCCAGAGGGGUUUCUGGGACAUCCUGUAAAUGCAUUCAAGUUGAUGAAACGGCUUAACACAGAGUGGGGUGAGCUGGAGAGCCUGGUUCUGAAGGACAUGUCAGAUGGCUUUAUCUCCAACAUGACUAUCCAGCGGCAGUUCUUCCCAAAUGAUGAAGAUCAGACUGGUGCAGCAAAAGCCCUCCUGCGGCUUCAAGACACGUAUAAUUUGGAUACAGACACCCUCUCAAGAGGGAAUCUCCCAGGUGUAAAGCACAAAUCCUUUUUAACAGCCGAAGAUUGCUUUGAGCUGGGAAAGAUUGCAUAUACGGAGGCUGACUACUACCACACGGAGCUCUGGAUGGAACAAGCUCUGAAGCAGCUGGAUGAGGGAGAAGUGUCUUCUGCAGAUAAGGUCUACAUUCUGGACUACCUGAGUUACGCCGUCUAUCAGCAGGGGGAUCUGGGCAAAGCAAUGAUGCUCACCAAACGCCUUCUCGAACUGGAUCCUGAGCAUCAAAGAGCAAAUGGGAACAUGAAAUAUUUUGAAUAUAUCAUGGCCAAAGAAAAAGAAGCCAAUAAGUCCAGUACAGAUGCAGAAGACCAGACAGAGAAGGAAACUGAGGUUAAGAAAAAGGAUUACCUGCCUGAGAGAAGGAAGUACGAAAUGCUGUGCCGUGGGGAGGGUCUCAAAAUGACCCCUCAGAGACAGAAAAGACUCUUCUGCCGCUACUAUGAUGGAAACAGGAAUCCUAGGUACAUUCUGGGCCCCGUCAAACAGGAAGACGAGUGGGACAAACCUCGAAUUGUUCGCUUCCUUGAUAUCAUUUCCGAUGAAGAGAUUGAAACUGUGAAAGAGCUAGCAAAGCCAAGGCUGAGGCGAGCCACCAUUUCAAACCCCAUAACAGGAGCCUUGGAGACGGCACAUUACAGAAUUAGCAAAAGUGCCUGGCUGUCUGGAUACGAAAGCCCUGUGGUCUCUCGCAUUAACACAAGGAUACAGGACCUAACGGGCCUUGAUGUCUCCACAGCAGAGGAACUACAGGUGGCAAAUUAUGGAGUGGGAGGACAGUAUGAACCCCACUUUGACUUUGCACGGAAAGAUGAGCCAGAUGCAUUUAAGGAAUUGGGAACAGGCAACAGAAUUGCUACUUGGUUGUUUUAUAUGAGUGAUGUGUCAGCAGGGGGAGCUACUGUCUUUCCUGAAGUAGGAGCUAGCGUUUGGCCUAAAAAGGGAACAGCUGUAUUCUGGUACAAUCUCUUUCCAAGUGGAGAAGGAGAUUACAGCACGCGGCAUGCGGCCUGCCCAGUACUAGUUGGAAACAAAUGGGUAUCCAAUAAGUGGCUCCAUGAGCGAGGACAGGAAUUCAGAAGGCCGUGCACUUUAUCAGAGUUGGAAUGAUGCAGACUCAUCUUUCUUCUCUUCCGUAUUCAGUCUGUGUAAAAUGCACACAUCUCCUACAGUUUACAAUUGACUAACACUCCACUACAGGUUCAGUCUCCAGCUACACCAGUGUUUCAUCUGUGGACAAAACAAACAUACUUUUAGUUCCUUCUAAAAUACCCCCUUAAAGUUUUACAAAUGGAUUAUAUUGAGUUUUAAGGCCCAUGAGCGUUACAGAAAGGAAAAUAAGGACAAAAUACAGAUCAGGGCCACAACUGACAGUGUGUCGUGUGGUGUUCCUUCACCGCACCCCUCUGGAUCAGCGCGGAAAGCCGGUGAUCGUUUGCUUUAGAGUCCUCGCAACUGUCAGUCUGCUGAUGGCGCGAUGAACGCUGCCUGGAAGAAUCAAGGGGAGGGCUCCUUUCUAAGGAAGGCUGAAUUAAACCAGUUCGUAUUCCUCAAUUUCCAGACAUCUGACUCCUUGCUUUUCUAGAGUACAUGACCACUUCUGUUGAAAAGCGUGGUUUGUGUUUCUCUGGGGAACAGGUUGUAUCACAGUCUGUUUUAGCCCGUUUUUCCACUGCCACAAAAGCCCAAUUUUUUUAACUGGCUUCCUUCUUGGACUCUAUGGUGAAUUUGGCUCUUAACCUUGAAAAUGUGAGCCAGCAGUUGCGUAUGCUUAGAUGAGAUGCUUUAGCAGUGUAAUGUCAAAAAUGCCUGCAUCAGAGCAGCCUGACAACUGAGAUUAUGGCCCAGCUCCUCUCUGUUUCUUUCCUUUAUUGUUUGUCCACAUAAAAAGAAACAAAUGCUGUUUUUAUUCUUAGUAGUAACCGCUUACAUCUGUUCCUUGGGCAGUGGGGAUGGGAAUGUUUCCAUCUUCGUUAAUCAAUCAAAGUAAUUGUGCCUUAGGACUCUGGAAUUUCAAAUUGGUUAUGAGACUUCAGGUGAUGAGGUAACAUGCAGUUAUCACAGAACACUCUCCACCCUUGUCCUCCCAGUUCUUGAGUUUUUGUGAGAAAUAGUUGGCCUAUUUAUAAUCCUAAAUCUUUUAGAUGCCUUUUUUUUUGUGUGUGAAUAUUUUCACUGCCGUGGAUGCUGAGCACAGCUGGCAGCUCAGUGCCGUACCUUUAGAUGCCAGGGGAGGUCCCUCUCUCAAUGGCUGGUGUUGCUCACCUGGCAGGGGCUGCUUCCACUGCAGUGACGCCCCCCUGUGCUGCCUCCCCCCUCCUCAGCUGUGGCUGGGAAGGGGUCUCUGCAGUGGCCCUGUCACUGCUUCCCUUCCCUGAGCCAGGCUGGGGCUGUUGUGAUGCACACCCCCCACACAGUCCCAGGUCAGCAGUGCCCGCGCUGGAGGAGCUCACUUACCGCCAGCGGCUCUCAGGUCCUGAGUUUGUGGUGAGGCUUCUUUACGCUGAGAUGAUGUUGAAACCUCUGAGGGAGAUGAGACUGUGGCUGCUGUAAGCUGUUGAACUUCUGUUCGGUUCUUCAGCACAGACAAACCUAAGCAGGGUGGGGAGAGGCUGCAGGAGGUUCACUUCCCUAAGCCAUUUCUCUUCAACAGCAGGAUUUUUAGCAAAAUGUCUCAAUAUUCCACUAGCGUGAGGACAAGAAUCAAAGUAAGCUGCACCAGAUGCUACCUAAGCAGUUGAGUUUUCUGGAUGAUGAUGGUUUUACUGCUUUAGGGGGCUCAAGCCUGAAGUUUUUACCAGGGGAAAAAAGAUCCCAUUUUAGUUAAUUGGGUUUUCUGCCUCAAUAAAAUCUUGAAAAUGGAGCCAAAAGGUAGACGAAACCAACUGCUAACACGUUAGAAAAUACCUCUGGAAUAGUGAGAAUGCAGUUACGGUACUAUAGUUUGAGAAACUACAUACCUUCAAAAGACACUUUAAAACCCUUGCUGGAAAAUGUGUUGCUAAAUUUCUACUGAGCCUGUUAGCAAUGGGACCUACGUAACUGUUUAUCCUUAGCCCUACACCUUCUUGCCUUUUGCUCGUGUUUUUCAAAGAUGUGAAACAAAGCCCAGCCAGCAUUUAACGAAAAGACAAUUAGAAACAGUUCCACCACCCGUUGUGCUGCUCAGGCAGUCAGAAUUGCUGGUACCACCAGAGCAGUAUCUGAUACAGAUUAGUCAGCGCAAUCAGAGCAUAUUUUUGAUCACAAAGGUGUAAGAAUUAAAAACAAACAACCCCACAGGACAUACUUACCUAAGUUUUCUCCCUUUUUACGUGGUGUCAGUACAAUCAUCUCUGUUCCUGUCCAUGGCUUUCUCUUUCCCAUCUUGUUGACUCUCUUAAGCUCCGAAAAAGGUCACCGUGGCUGCAGUGAGUCCUGCCACUUCCCUGCACGUAAAAGAGAGCAAUGGACAGCGUGGUGUUAGGAGCCUUAGUUGGGGGCAUUAAGUUCCUCUCGCUGGCUCCGAGGCAUCUGUAAGUGCUUCUAGAUGAGCCAGCCCUGGCUAGCUAACGAGCACAAAAAGCAAUCUGUAUUACCACCGCGAGCAUGUUUGGAAAACAGCAUCUGGUUUUGCUGUUACAGACAGCUGCUUUUCUCUCGAGUGAGCCACAUUACUUGACACACAAAAAUAAUUAACAGCUAACAAUUCUAGAAUUGAUGUGAGGUAAAAGAGACUUACUGAAUAAAAGCUGCCAAUGGCUACCUCAGGUACUGCCACAUUGGAAGAAAACACAUGGGGCUCUUACAUGUUGGAUGGAAAAAGGCAGGGCUGAAGUGAUGAGAAAACCUAAUUUCAUUAUAGCAAGCAAAGUUUGUUUUCCUCGCUGUUCAAGCAACACCAAAAGAUGAGCAACAAGCCCGAAAGAACUUGUGGAAUGUCCAGGGCAGUUUGCUACACCGGUCCCUCCCUCACCUACCAUCACAUACCUGCAGCGUUGACUAGUGUUUUAAGAAUGGGCUCCUAAGAGGCAUCACCUGGGGAGGGGGGUUAAAAAAAGGUUUUAGAGCAUGACUUCUUAAAUCUGUGACCUACUCAAUGACGUGCAGGUCUUCAGGGAAGAAAAAGAGUUUGUCUUUUGGCAGUGGAAAAUUUCACUUGGUUGGAAAGGAGAAGCCCCCAAAACUCAACUUCAAUUCUGCUGAGGCACAUCAGACUGAAAUGUUCCAGAUUAUCAGAAGAGAAAGGGUAAGCUUAUAUUUUUUAAGCUGCAGACAAUCCAUGUCAUCUUUCUCCACUGCAGUAGUGUUCAGACACCUCAUACCGAACGUGUAAGUGAUGGCACAAGUGGUGGUGGUGUUCCUCUCUGCCUUAUCCCCUCAUUUCUCAAAGGGCUUUUGGAUCAAGAGCGUGGCUCCUGUGUGAAUCUAGUUUUGUAUUAAAGGUGAUUGAAAACUG